GUCAUUGUGGGCAGCAUUUUCGAGGUCAUUUGGGCUGCGGUGAAGCCGGGAACGUCCUUUGGCAUCAGCGUCCUGAGAGCCCUGCGGCUGCUGAGGAUUUUCAAAGUGACCAAGUACUGGAAUUCCCUGAGGAAUCUGGUGGUCUCCUUGCUCAACUCCAUGAAAUCCAUCAUCAGUUUGCUCUUCCUGCUGUUCCUGUUCAUCGUGGUCUUUGCCCUGCUGGGGAUGCAGCUCUUCGGAGGACAGUUCAAUUUCCAGGAUGAAACUCCAACCACGAAUUUCGAUACCUUCCCUGCUGCCAUCCUCACUGUCUUCCAG